CUAUUUGAGUUGCACCUCUUUCAACUCCAUUAUACAACCACUUGAAUGUGUGGUGGGCCUGGUGCAAUUAUUGGGAAAGUGAAAUAGUUACUUCUUUGUUAGGAGUAUCAGGUUGCUUAUAUACAUGGGGUCACAUAAAUUCUUUUUUGCCUUUCUUGGGGUGGUGGUUUUGUAUUUGUCUCCGAAUUUUAAACUGUGGACCAUUCUCUGUAUUAGGUUGCAUUUACUCCCUUUGUGUUAAACAUGCAACAUUUACACAUGCAGUAUUUACAGCACUUGCUCGCUUUUAAACAAAGCAAAAGGCACUGAAUAAAGUAGGCUCUGACCCUGCAUGCAUUCCUGCUCUCGGGGUGGUAUUCAAGGCAUACUUUUUUAGCAUGUCAUUGUUUGAACACAGGACCAGUGUGCAAUGAGGGGGCUGCCUUAGUCUUUUUUUUUUUUUUUCUCUUUUUUAAUCUCCUCAUGAUAUUUCCGUAAGGGUCAUCUACCUUCCUAGUUUCUAGUGGAAGAUAAAUUUUGGUUUCUUAGGUUUAAAUCAACUGCCUUUUAGUUUAAUUGUCACGGUUGUAGUGAGUUGGCUCCUUUAUGAUAACGUGGGUCAAGGCCAUAAAUGUGCAUGGCCCUUGUGAGUUUCUUUGUCUUUCUAUUUCUCUUACCUAAUUAUGGUUUGGAGGAGGAUAAAAGCCUAACUGCUAUUAAACUUGAAAGUGCUCCAUUUACUUUAAGUGCUUUAAACUUUCAGCUUAAGUGAAAUCUCAACGAAUGUUUUCUCAUUGGCAUUUCUCUGCUGUUUAAUAUUUUACUAAAAAGGUUAGCAGGAGAGACUUUUUGAGCAAAGAAAACUUUCAUUGUUCCAUCAUUUGCCGUCUUCAAGCAUAUCAAAUGCCAAGAUCAAGGGGAUCUGAUUUGCCUCAAAGGCAGUCUCCACGAGGUCCUCAUCAACAUCGGACAUCAAAUUCUGAUUCUGAUCCAUUGCAUCAACGGCUGAUUGCUGACCGAAGUCCGAAGUUAGGAGACCGGCGCUCACCAAGAGGUACUCAAUCUGAGGCACUAAAUCAAAAGAAGCUAGGAACUCGCAUCGCAGAUUUGGAAUCUCAGCUUGGUCAGGCACAAGAAGAGUUAAAAGUUUUGAAGGAUCAGCUAGUUUCUGCUGAAGCUGCAAAGAAAGAAGCUCAAGAUGAGCUAGUGAAGAAAGCUGUGCAAUCAGUAGUUCCUGUGGUUGAGAAGUUCCAAGAGAAGUGCAAUUCCAAGAAUGAUCAAGAGUCCAACAGAACUGAAACCAUACCCCAAGAUAUUGUACUGGGUGACAACCAACACGAGACUGAUGUGUUUGAAGUUCCAAUUGAGAAGUUGACAAUUAAAUUCGACAAACAUGCAGAUCAAUCAGAAAAGGAAGAUCUACCGUUUGAAGACUCAAAUGCACCAGCAAUAUCAAUGCCGGAAAAUCCUUCUGUGGACAAACAUGAACUGUCACUGAAGAUUGAUGAAAUUGCAUUGUUGAAAUCCAGUUUGGAAGAGAAAGGGAAGGAGUUAGAGUCCAUUACUAGUGAGAAAGAAAAUCUGAAGAACAAACUGGAUGAAGCAGUUUCAAAAGUGUCAACUGCUCAAUUCAAGGAAGAAGGAAUGUCCUUGCUGUUGGACCGACUGAGAGAAGAGUUGGAAGCAAGUAAAGCCAAUACAGAGAAGUUGAAUGGGAAGUUAAAAUCUGUGGAAGCAGAAAAAGAAGGAUUAGAAGCAGAGAUGAAGAAGCUAAGGGUGCAAACUGAGCAAUGGAGAAAAGCAGCAGAUGCUGCAGCUGCAGUGCUUGCUGGGGGUGUUGAUAUUACUGCUAGAAUUCCUGAAAGGUGUGGUUCAAUGGAUAAGCACUUUGGUGGAACGUUUGAGACACCUGCUGGUAGGUACAAUGGCUAUGUGGGGUCUCCUGGUAUGGCUGAUGACUUGGAUGAUGGUUUUGGAGGUGGAAAGAGGAAGGGUUCUGGGAUUAGAAUGUUUGGUGAUUUAUGGAAAAAGAAGAGUCAAAAGUAAUUUCUGGUUUAUAUUCAGUGAGUGAAUUUACUAGUACUUUUUAACUAAGUUCAUGUUUUGAUGGUAGCAGAAACUGCAAAUACAGUUGCUUACUGCUUUGCACCUUCUGCCAUCCGUAGUCAUUUCUGGUAUUAUUAGGCCAUUAGUUGUGUAGUGUUACCGUUGCAUCAUCUGUGCAAGGUAGUAGCGAUGUGAACUUAUGAACAUUUUUUAACGCAUGUUUCACUUCUCCUAAGCUUUGAUGAAGGCAUUUUUACUUCAAAUGCCUGUUUUUA